ACUAAAAUUAUAAGAAUGCGUUUAAAGACUCAUAUUUGCAAGCGAACUUCGGUGAAUAAUAACAUCGACUAUCGACUACAGAAUUCGGCAAGUCAGAGAAGCGCAAGUGGAAAUAAAGAAAAGGCCAAUAAGGAAAAGGCCAAUAUCACACCGUUGAGCUGUGUGGAUUGGAGCAGCAAUGAGGAGAUUUACUUCGUCAGUGAUGACCAUCAGAUCUACAAAUGGAGCGCUAAUACACGUGAUUCAGUGGAGGUGGCCAAAUUGCCCGAUGACUUCAUACCAACCGACUUGCAUUGGUUACUCUUGGGCGGACGCAGCAGCGGUGGCGGCAAAGGCAGCGACACUCUACUCAUUUGCAGCAAUGACGGUCGUUUCAUUAUACUGAACAAAAGUGCGCGUGUGGAACGGAAUAUAUCAGCGCAUAGCGCAGCUAUAAGCACGGGUCGCUGGAGUCCAGACGGUGCUGGACUACUAACUGCUGGUGAGGAUGGUGUCAUUAAGAUCUGGUCGCGCUCUGGCAUGUUACGCUCCACAGUGUUACAAAGUGACGAGCCAAUAAGCUGUGCACGUUGGGCGCCCAAUUCGACGUCUAUUGUUUUUAGUCAGGGUUGUUAUAUGUCUAUUAAGCCGCUGGCAGCGAACAGUAAAUUAACGAGGUGGCGUGCGCAUGAUGGUCUCGUGCUCUCGCUCAGUUGGUCCACGCAUUCGAAUAUUAUCGCAUCUGGUGGUGAGGACUUUCGCUUCAAGAUUUGGGAUACUCAAGGUGCCAAUUUGUUUACCAGCUCCACGGAGGAGUAUGCCAUAACGUCGGUGUGUUUCAAUUCCGAGAAAGAUGUGCUCGUUGUGGGCUCCUUUAAUAUGCUGAAACUCUGCUCCAGUGCUGGCUGGUCUUAUAGCAGUUGUCGCUUUAGUGAACCGACUGUUGGCUCUUUCUACACCAUGUCUUGGUCAACGGAUGGCACACAAGUGGCUUGUGGCACUUCCACGGGCAAUCUUGUUGUUGGUUAUAUUGUGGAACGGCAAUUGAUCUCACGUAAUCUGAAGGCCACAACAACCGGCCGUAAGACGAUAAAUUUACAGGACAUCACUAAUGGCAGCAGCGAUGUUUUGGACUUUCCGGAACGUGUCAUUAAUUUUGGCUUGGGUUAUGGUCACCUCAUAGUGGCCACUUCGAAUCAAUUGCAUAUCUACAAUGAGAAAUAUAUAAAUACACCGAUCAUCAUAGACGGCAGGACGGAUGUGCGUGUUAUUGAGGUGGGGAAGAAAUUUUUCAUGGUCUUAGACGCCACUUCGAUUUGGGUCUACACUUAUUCCGGACGCUUGCACUUGAAUCCACGUUACCCGGGCCUACAAGCACAAGUACCACUGCUCACAGCGCGUGCAGUCACGCUCGGUCUCGAUGUCUUAGCUAUACGCGAUAAUUCGGAUAACACAGUGAUACACAUUUUCGAUCUUGUGCCUGGCGCCUCACGACAAUACGAACCCCACUCACUGCGCGCUAAAUCUCAAAUCGCCGAGAUCUCAGCGUGUCGCGCAGGCACACUCGAUGACCAGUACGUCGUGCUAAUCGAUAACAAUCGCGAGUUGUACAUCACAGAGUCGCGUAAUCUGAAUGGCGCUGGUGGUGGUGCUGCUGCUGCUGGCGGUGCUGGUAACGCAGAACGUGGUCUUAACGGGCGCAACAGCAAUUGUGGUGAAAUCUACAAAAUUGGCACACAGCUAACAACCGUUAUGUGGGCAAGUGAAACAAACAUUUUAGUCGGGGUCCAUGAUACUUGCUACAGCAUUUGGUAUUGUCCAGGCGAGGGUGCCGCUGACCCCACACUGAUUGCGCUCACUACACUCACCAUAGAUGCGACUGAAUUUGGUAAAAAUAUCACACUGGAAUCCUUCGAGGACGCUAUUGUCACAUUCCGCUGCGCUGGCGCUCUCCUACCCGUCAAUGUAAAUAUUUAUUGUGAAAUUUUACAUCGCACGCUGAUGGAGGGACAGUGGCAGCAGGCUUUGAGAAUUUGUCGUCUUGCGCAGAAUGGCAACCUCUGGGCAACAUUGGCCGCGAUUGCAACGCGUAAAAAUCAAUUGCAAAUAAGCGAGGAAGCCUAUUCAGCAGCUCUUCAGAUCGACAAAGUCAGCUACUUGCAGUACAUAAAGGAACUAUCUUCGGCCAGCGCCGAACAAAUGGCCGAGAACUCUCUAAUGUUGGGUCGCUUAAUUGAAGCUGAGACGAUCUUAUUGCAUAACAAGAAGUUUCCCGAAGCUGUCGCGCUUUGUCUGCGCAUGCAUAAUUGGCGGCGGGCUCUUGAGGUGGCCCAAAAGCAUGAACCUGAACUUCUUGAUAAGGUGUUGGAGCAAAGGCGUAGAUAUUUGAAAGCAUUGCAGCGUGAUGAAUGGGACUCGGUAUUCUUACCUCUGUUGGUUAAAGAAAGCGAUGACAACUGA